CCAAGCCCCGUCGCGCCCGCUAUAAUCACGUGAUUGCCUCAUCCGGGUCCUUUGCGUUCUCUCUCCCUCUCCCAACAUGGCGGCCUCAGCAAAAAAGAAGAAUAAGAAGGGGAAGACCAUCUCCCUAACAGACUUUCUAGCUGAGGAUGGGGGCAGCGGUGGAGGAAGCACCUAUGUCCCCAAACCAGUCAGCUGGGCUGAUGAAACAGACGAUCUGGAAGGAGAUGUGUCAACAACCUGGCACAGUAACGAUGACGAUGUGUACAGGGCACCUCCAAUUGACCGAUCCAUCCUUCCCACUGCUCCACGGGCUGCUCGGGAACCCAAUAUCGACCGGAGCCGUCUUCCCAAAUCGCCACCCUACACUGCUUUCCUAGGGAACCUGCCCUAUGAUGUGACAGAAGACUCCAUUAAGGAAUUCUUUAGAGGACUAAAUAUCAGCGCUGUACGCUUACCACGUGAACCCAGCAAUCCAGACAGGUUGAAAGGCUUUGGCUAUGCGGAGUUUGAGGACCUGGAUUCUCUGCUCAGUGCUCUGAGUCUCAAUGAAGAGUCUCUAGGUAACAGGAGAAUUCGAGUGGACGUUGCUGAUCAAGCACAGGAUAAAGACCGGGAUGAUCGUUCUUUUGGUCGAGAUAGAAAUCGGGAUUCUGACAAAACAGACACAGACUGGAGGGCCCGUCCCGCCACCGACAGCUUUGAUGACUACCCGCCUAGAAGAGGUGACGAUAGCUUUGGAGACAAGUAUCGAGAUCGUUACGAUUCAGACCGGUACCGGGACGGGUACCGGGAUGGGUACCGGGAUGGCCCACGCCGAGAUAUGGACCGCUAUGGGGGCCGGGAUCGAUAUGAUGACCGAGGCAGCAGAGACUAUGACCGAGGCUAUGACUCCAGGAUAGGCAGUGGCAGGAGAGCAUUUGGUAGUGGGUACCGUAGGGAUGAUGACUACAGAGGAGGUGGGGACCGCUAUGAAGACCGGUAUGACAGAAGGGACGAUCGAUCAUGGAGCUCCAGGGAUGACUACUCUCGGGACGACUAUAGGCGUGAUGACAGAGGUCCCCCUCAAAGACCCAAACUGAAUCUAAAGCCUCGGAGUACUCCUAAGGAAGAUGAUUCCUCUGCUAGCACCUCCCAGUCCAGUCGAGCGGCUUCUAUCUUUGGAGGGGCGAAACCUGUGGACACGGCUGCCAGAGAGCGGGAAGUUGAGGAACGGCUACAGAAGGAGCAGGAGAAGUUGCAGCGGCAGCUGGAUGAGCCGAAACUAGACCGCCGGCCACGGGAGAGACACCCAAGUUGGCGAAGUGAAGAAACUCAGGAAAGAGAACGGUCGAGGACAGGAAGUGAGUCAUCGCAGACUGGGACCUCAGCCACGUCUGGCAGAAAUACACGCAGGAGAGAGAGUGAGAAGUCUCUAGAAAAUGAAACCCUCAAUAAAGAAGAAGACUGUCACUCUCCAACCUCCAAACCUCCUAAACCUGAUCAGCCUCUAAAGGUAAUGCCAGCCCCUCCACCAAAGGAGAAUGCGUGGGUGAAGCGGAGCUCUAACCCUCCUGCUCGAUCUCAGAGCUCAGACACAGAGCAGCAGUCCCCUACAAGUGGAGGGAAGGUGGCUCCAGCUCAGCCCGCAGAGGACGGACCAUCAAGGAAAGAUGAAAAUAAAGUAGAUAGGAUGAGUGUCCCAAAAGGCCAAACUGGGACCUCCAGUCGUGGUCCUGGAGAAGGAGGGAGCAGAGACCCCUGGAAGGAGUUGGACAGGAAAGAUGGCAAAAAAGAUCAAGACUCCAGAUCUGCACCUGAGCCAAAGAAAUCCGAGGAGAAUCCAGCCUCUAAGUUCAGUUCUGCAAGCAAGUAUGCUGCUCUCUCCGUGGAUGGUGAAGAUGAGAAUGAGGGAGACGACCACACUGAGUAGACCUCCACGUGCUGUGCUUUCUUCUAGUCUCCACCCCGGAACAUUCAAGAGCAAAUCAAACCUCUAUCCAGACAAGAAAAAAUAAAACUCACCAUCUCCUGAAGACCUUUCUUAACUUUUUUUAAAUGAAAUGAAAUUGUUUUGCAUGCUGCUGCAGCCUUUUAAAGUAUUGAAGUAACUGGAGAAUCACCAUUUGUAGCCAGAGAUGUGGCUACCGCUUUUGAAUGGGGAAGUUGUGAUGUGUUCUGAUAAUACCAAGCAGCCACCUGUGUGACUAGUGCCUAGGGCUCCAUUCAGCAGAAAUGUAGUGACAGUGAGGCAGUGGAGACAGGUACAAGGAAGAGUGAGAUGUCUGCCUUGCCAUUCUUAUCCUGUGGUGGUACCCAUGAAUUCCCGAACAUCAUCUGAAUAAAUUCCCCAUCCUUGGAAAGGUAGAUUUAGUCUCUCAAGUUCUUUUAGUCUCCAGGAGGUGCCAGUCCCUCUACUUUAAUUCUGACUUAACUGGGGCCAACCUAGGGGGAAUUGUUUUUUGUUUUUUACCCCCCAAGGGGGUAAUUGGGAGUGAGUCUACAGGCCACUAACAAGUAGUACCGCUUGGGGACCAAAAUGAAUGGGAAACUCAAUCGUGGUUUGAAAAGCUUUGAGGGAGUGAUCAGUUAUUUUAUACCAGGUAGUAAGGGAAAUGGCAUGACCUCCGAUGAACACAUGAAUAGAAGGAUCGUUUCCCGGAUGAGGAAGCACGUAGCAGGUGUGGGAAAUUCUCUUCUAAAAUCUGUCCUUUCUAAAGGUUCGAAUCUAUCCACAUUCUUUCCUUGUCACUCUGGUCGUCUCAUGUUCUUGAUGACGCUGUCAGCCUUCCAAAAUCAGUCCCUGCUCUCACCAGAAGCUGUGGCUGAGGCUCUGUGGUGGUGGUGAUCCUGCCCCGUCUGCUCCUGCUGCUUUCACCACCCCCUUGGAGGUCAGAGUAUUUCAAUUGAUGGGCUUGGGUGGUGAAUAGGGGUACAUACAUGGGGAGAGUUGAGUUAAAGGUCUUCAGCCUGGAUUGGGGUGUUUCUAUACUUUUCUUCACUGGAACCCCAUGCUAGUGCUUGGGUUUGUAAUGUGACCUAGGCUGUGGUUUUCUGCUUAGAGGGGGUUGGUUUCUUGACCUCCCUCAAGAAUAAAGGAUAAUGCAAAGAACUAUUGAAUAAGGUCCUGGCUUCUCUUGCACAGUAGCUUGACCUGUCUGCUUUGAUCUGCACCUUUGUGUAGGGGUCAGCUCCAAAGUCGGCAGGCUUCCCUGUUGUGGGACGGCGGGGUACCCGCAGGCAGAGGAGACCUUGGUCUUAGUGUGCAAGCCCGAGGCCUGCUGUGCAGGAGGCUGGUUUGGUGUGCUGCAGCAGUGGCCAUAGCAAGUCGCUUGCCCAGUGGUCUUGAUUGGCUAGUAGCUAGAAAGUGGGCUUUUAGAGAGAGACCCACGGUUGAAUGGGUUUUUUAAAACCGUUGGUUGUAGACAAUGAAAAGGUAGUUUGCCCUCUUCAUGUCUAUUUCCCUUCCAGAUAGUUGCACCAGAAGAAAGCUGUUCUGUCCCACUCUCCUACUUUGCUCCUCUGUUAAAAUAAAAGCAGGGGUUGACUUAUGUCCCGCUCCUGAAUACAUGUAAAAUUUGUACAAAAAUAUCUUCUAUGAAAAUGAUUUGUAAUCUGUAGACAUUACUUGGGAGAUGUCUUGAGAUGUAAAAUCCCAUCCUUUGGGUUGAGGGUUUUUUGUUUUUCUCCAAAUAAAUCCAGUCUUUAAAGUUGAA